UUUCCACUUUCUACGGGAUACAGGUGCCUGUGCGGCCUGAAAGCCGCCACACCAUGAAGGAAACGCCGCUUUCAAACUGCGAGCGCCGGUUCCUGCUUCGCGCCAUUGAAGAGAAGAAGCGGUUGGAUGGAAGACAAACCUACGAUUAUAGGACCAUCAAGAUCUCAUUUGGGACAGAUUAUGGCUGCUGUAUUGUGGAACUUGGAAAAACAAGAGUUCUUGGACAGGUUUCCUGUGAACUUGUUUCUCCAAAACUCAAUAGGGCAACAGAAGGUAUUCUUUUUUUUAACCUUGAACUGUCUCAGAUGGCUGCCCCAGCUUUUGAACCCGGCAGGCAGUCAGAUCUCUUGGUGAAGUUGAACCGUCUCUUGGAAAGAUGUUUAAGAAAUUCAAAGUGUAUAGACACUGAAUCUCUCUGUGUUGUUGCUGGUGAAAAGGUUUGGCAAAUACGUGUGGACCUACAUUUAUUAAAUCAUGAUGGAAAUAUUAUUGAUGCUGCCAGCAUUGCUGCAAUUGUGGCCUUAUGUCACUUCCGAAGACCUGAUGUGUCAGUCCAAGGAGAUGAAGUAACACUGUACACACCUGAAGAGCGUGAUCCUGUACCAUUAAGUAUCCACCACAUGCCCAUUUGUGUCAGUUUUGCCUUCUUCCAGCAAGGAACAUAUUUAUUGGUGGAUCCCAAUGAGCGUGAAGAACGUGUAAUGGAUGGCUUGCUGGUGAUUGCCAUGAACAAGCAUCGAGAGAUUUGUACUAUCCAGUCCAGUGGUGGGAUAAUGCUACUGAAAGACCAAGUUUUGAGAUGUAGUAAAAUAGCUGGUGUGAAAGUAGCAGAAAUUACAGAACUAAUACAGAGAGCUUUGGAGAAUGACCAGAAAGUGAGGAAAGAAGGUGGAAAGUUUGGCUUUGCAGAAUCUAUAGCAAAUCAGAGGAUCACAGCAUUUAAAAUGGAAAAGGCCCCCAUUGAUACCUCCAAUGUAGCGGAGAAAGCAGAAGAAAUCAUUGCUGAAGCUGAACCUCCUUCAGAAGUUGUCUCUAAUCCUGUGUUAUGGACUCCUGGAACUGCUCAGAUUGGAGAAGGCAUAGAAAACUCCUGGGGUGAUCUUGAAGACUCUGAGAAGGAAGAAGAGGAGGAAGGUGGCAGCGAUGAAGCUAUCAUUCUUGAUAGUAUAAAAAUGGACACUGGAGUAGAAAUCUCCAAUAUUGGAAGCCAAGAUGCCCCUAUAGUACUCUCAGAUAGUGAAGAAGAAGAAAUGAUCAUUUUAGAACCAGACAAGAAUCUGAAGAAAAUCAGAAUGCAGACCAGCAUUGCAAAACAAGAAAAAGUACCAAGUAAAAAGCCAAUGAAAAAGAGGAAAAAGAAGAGAGCUGUUAAUUAAAGCUAGCAUAGUUGUAUAUAUACUAUUAAAAAUAUAUUUAUUC